GGAAAGCCUCUCAAAAAGUGAUCCACAAAGCAUAAAGAGAGAGCACACACAAAUGCCCUAUAAAGCACACUACAUGUUUGAAAAAGAGAAAAGAGGAAACAAGCCAAGCCCCAACAGCUUCACCAUUGAUCAUGAAGAGAAGAUGAAGUUGGAAGCUGAAGCCAUUGGAGUAUCCAAAAGAAGACUAAUGGGCAAAGGCAUGGGUGCCCUUCUCAAAGAAGGUAGAGGAAGGUUUUAUAUACUUAGAAGAUGUAUCAUUAUGCUUCUAUGCUCCAAUGAUUAGUUAGUGUUUAUAACUUUUGUUCAUAAUAUCAUAUUACUUUUAACUAUAAAUUUUGUAUAUCAUUCUCUACUUAAGAGAGAAGAGAAACAAAGUUAUUCUAGUUCACCUCUAA